GAAAAAUUUAACAUAUAAAAAAGGGCGAUGAAUUAGUCAUGAAAUUGUAAAUAAUUUCAUAAUUUUAUUAAUAAUAAAUUAUUUAUAGUCUUUGUUUUUCGUCAAGAUAAUUAUUAAAUGUCCAUAACAUUAAUAUGUUAAAAGACCAUAUUAUGAAAGCCCAUGUUGUAACCGUUUUUUUCCGGGAAGUGUAACAAAAAAAAUUACAUUUAACUCUUCAAUUUGUUUAAGUUCUUUGUCGGUAAAAGAUUUAAAAAAUCUUUCUAUAUUUUUCAAUGUUCAAUUUCAAGAUUAUUAUGCGAAAAUCAUACACAAAUAUAAGCAAUUGGUUGGAAUCUCUCCCUGUUCGAAACUACGCUAGGCGUUAGUCGGGGGUAACUCCGGACCUAGCGAGUUACCGAAAAAUCGGGGAUUAAACGAGAUAUACGCGGGGAGUAAUUUUAAUUAUUAUUUUAAAUUUUAAAUACAUAUAUCUAUAUAUAUAUAUGAAGUUAGGGAAAGAUACAAGUAAAAGUAAAGUAGCCCCGUGGUAAAUAGGCAGGCGUUAGUGUAUUUGCACCUGGGAUCGAAGCCCAUAAGGUGCUUUUUGGAUAUUUUUGUGCGUUUUUUAAGUGAAUGGCAUAAUUGUAAUAAAGUCAUCUUCUUCCUUGCGUUUUAUUUAGGUUUUCUGCAAAAAUAUUUCCGCCGCCUUCAACAAAGAUUUGUCAAAAACCACAAAUUUUAUAAGCUUUUCUUGUUGUUUAUGCAUCAAACUCAUAGAUCUACCUUCCAGCAUGCGAUUUAAACACCUAAAACUUCAAAAAGAAUGAACUUUUUGAUCAAUCCGAUUUCUUGGCCGAUGAUGGUGAAAUCGCCACGGUGGAUCUCCGACGAGCGUAUCGGCGCCGCGUAAUCGGGCUCCGCGGACGCGUUUUCGAACAGAGGAAUCUAUAUAUCCUUAUAUUCUUAUUUUAAAUUUAUUGUUUCCUAUUCUGCAAGCAAAUCAAUUACCGAAUUAAUAGAUCAAUUAGUUGUAAUCAAAUCUAUUCUUAUAAUUAGUAUAAUUAUGGUUACAGUUUCUAUAUUUAAUAAGUAUAUUAAAUAUACGAUAUUGAAGAUAUUAUGUUUUGAUUAAUAGAAGAUAUUAUAUUUUGAGUUUGUAUUUAUUGAUUUGUUUUUUUAUAAAGCUUAAAAAAUCAAUAGGAUGAUUAGUUGGUUGAUACAUCCUAUAAAAAAAAAGAAAAACUAUAAGUGGUUUGAAUAUGUACGAUGGAUCGAUGCAUGAUGUUUAUCAUCUAAUACUUUCCACAAGGACUAAGAAAUUAACAAAUUCAUGUACUAAUCGCUUAUACUCGAACGCGCACCAAGCGGUAACCGCAUGUCGUAGCGUUCACUAAAAUUUCCUUUUUGUUAUAAAUUUUAUUUAUCAAUAAAACAAAUAUCAAAUCUUUCUUUUUAAUUACAAGAGAUAUUUUUACCCAAAAAAAAAAGAGAUAUUGCAAAAUCAAUUUCCUUGUUGGGAUUUGCUUUGGUCCUAUAUAAAUGCAAACACGGUUAGCAACUUAAAAAGAUCAUAACACAACCCUAAUUAAUUAUCCUGUAAUGGACGGCUUACCUGGACAUCUCCUAAACGAGGUUCUCUUCAAGACAGAUCUCAGAGCUCUGGCUAUGUUGUGUUGCACAAAUAUAUCACUCCAGUCCCAUAUACACGACCCUUCUUUUGUAUCUGAAUACCGUUCUCAGAUCAGAUCCAGUUUGCUUUAUAUCUCCUCUUAUGGCUCAACUUAUCUAUGCUGCCACCACCCUCACGGCGGUUCUAGGUCACUCACAAUCAUAGAUGCAUGUCAUAUUUUGGGAUAUUGCUCAGGCCUUCUUCUACUUUUCAUUAAUGAUCGUCUAUGCGUGACCAACCCCCUUACCAAGAAGUUUCGGUUCUUGACUUCGUUUGAUCCUUGUCCUCGAAGAUUUGUUUGUCAAGACAGUAGAAACCAACUAGGGCUCGCGGUUAAUCAGAUUGAUCGAACCACACAGAAUUUCAAAGUUGUGUUCAUAUUCGAGUUGGCAAAAACCGAUGUAACUAGGUAUGGUUUCGAUAUUCACGCUAAAGACUCAUGGACAUGUUCAAAAACGACAAUUACUUGCCACACAAGCAAUCCUGAUGACCGUAUGAAGAACCCUGUUUACAUGAACGGGUCUCUUCACUGGCUAAGAAACGACGGAAGCAUCAUAGCUUUCAACCCCGAAACAGAGCAAGCACGGCUGAUCCAGGCUGACUUCCCCCGGGGAUUGACUUCGAGAGCGCUCUUUGCACCCGGAGUUAAUAGCUUGACUUUGGUAUCAGCCAAUGAGGAAGUCAUUUACUUUUAUGCACUCAAGAACAUUCUCAGUGAUCCCAAGUGGGUCCUCGAGAAGCAGAUCCAGAACGGAGUGAUUGACAAAAAUGUAGUUACUUGGUACGUAGAAGCUUACAACGGAAAGUGUGUAGUGUUACGAACUUGUUAUGAUGGAGUAGUUCAUGUGUACGACUUGAGUGCUAGCAAGUGGGCAGUCAUGGGUUCGGUUCCAAUUUGGUACGAUGCAAAUCUAAAUUUUUUUCUGUUCACACCUUCACCUUAUUCUGUGGUAGGACUUGAUGAUAUAUUGGCUCGUGGUGAUAGACGCAUCUCCUCUCUAAGAUCGAUUAUUACACUGGUUGAUAGAAGCUCACCAGAAAAUCAACUUAAAGAAAAUGUCGGUUGAAGAGAAGAAGAAGAGGUGAAAUUACAUCUGGGAAUGUUAUUUGAAUGAGCAAAAUACCAACAACAAAAGAAGAGUGGUGUAGACACAUUCGUAUUUUGUGAGGAACAUGCGUCUUUUGGUGAUUUGGUUAAUGGAACAUGGUACUGUUUUAUGUUUUCUUCUCUCUUUUCUUUCACUAUAUAUGUGAUUUUGUUUUGUGUAGUUGUUUAAAAUUUGAAAGUUUUUAUUUCACUAGUUUUUGAAUCAUUCAACCAACCAAAAACUCCAGCAUAAUGAUAGCCGACGGUUGUUCAAUUUUUCAACACAUAAAGUGGUCUAAAUGGUAUUUUCAUAAUCUGUGUUUCUCUUGCCAUGGCAAUGUAUAAUUCUUUUUAACAUUAAUAAACUGUGAUCUGCCAUUUGGUUGAUCCCACAAAUAUAAUUAUAAUCUGUCAUGUAAUUCAAAUCAAACAUGAUAAACUCUGAAUAGACAACAAAACAAAACAUACAUGUGCAAAAAUAGUUGAAACAUUUUUCGGAAAUAAACUCUAAUCUUUGAUAUCUUUCGUUCAUCGUCUUCCAAGCAGUUCCAUCUCUUCAAUGAUUUGCAGGAAUACCCUUCAAGUGAACCAUGUUGAUAACCAGAGGAGUCAAAGUCAAGCUUCAUCAUUCUGAGAAUUUGGACGCAUCGAAUUGCUUUGGGAUAGACGGUGUAGUGUCGUUUGUUGCUUGCCACAUGUGCAGUUCGUGUGGGUAUGCGAAUGAGUGUUUCAAAUUCUUUGCUUCUAACAGUUCUUGUUUUUCUGUUUUGUCUCUUGACAUCUUUUGAAUGUUGAGUUUCAAAGUCAUCCACAUGAUCGAUAUGGGAAGAACAUAUAAGUUUGAAAUCAACGGUGGAAACUCAUGGAGACGUUUGGAAACGACGCUUACGCUUACGUGCCACUCAAGUCUAAUGAAACCCCCUGUUUACUUAGACGGGUCUCUUCUCUUCACUGGCUGAGAAAGGACGGUUGUGGCUUUCAAUCUCAAGACGGAGCAAGCACGACUUAUCCCGGUCAAAUUCCCCCUGGAACUGAGUUCAAAAACGCUCUUUGCUGCUGGCGAUAAUAGCAUAACUUUGAUAUCGGCAACGGAGAAAGUCGUUUACUUUUAUGCCCUUACGAAUAUCCUCAGUGAUCGUCGACCCAAGUGGAUCCUCCUGAAGCAAAUCCACAACGGAGUGAUGGACAAAAAGAAGCUUUAUUAUUGGAACGUUCUGACUUACAACGGCAAGUGUUUAGUGUUGAGUGUGUGUAGUAGAGAUUACAACCAGUACAGGUCCUGAGGUUUACAAGGUCCCGUACGAAAUUAAAAAAAUUAAUAUUUUUUUUGGUUAAAACAAUUACAUUUUUCUAAAAGAAUUAGGGCAAAUUUUAUUUUGACUUUAAUAUAUGUAUUUUAUGUUAAUUUAAUUGACUUACUUAUGUAAAAUUUAUUAAUUUGACAUGUUCUGAUAUUUUCUAACUAAAUGUGAAAAAUAUAUAGUUUUAUAAGUAUAGAAUUCAACUAAAAAAAUUUGACCUGAA